ACCAACACCUACCACCACGUCAACAACACCUACCACCACGUCAACAACACCUACUACCACGACACCAACACAUACCACCACGACGCCACCACCAGCAGAACCGAUUACCGACUGCUGGGAUGUGAAGCACGCCAGAACCAGAGCAGUGACGGCACGUACACGAUCGAUUCACCAGGCGGGGGUCAGGUGGACGUCAGGUGUGACAUGACCACGGACAAUGGCGGCUGGCUGACCUUCGUCAGGCGGGUCCAGGGUGGUGUCGACUUCUACAGGUCGUGGGAAGACUACAAGAACGGAUUCGGCAAGCUCAAAGGAGAUUUCUGGUUGGGAAAUGAGCUUCUACACAAGUUCACGGCAGCAAAGGAUGUCGAGAUGCGGGUCGAUAUGUGGGAUUGGGAGGGUAAUCACGCCUACGCCUUGUACGACAGCUUACACGUGGACGACGAGGCGAACAAGUACACCAUCCACGUCGGAAACUACAGCGGGGAUGCCGGAGAUGGGUUUCGGAGAACUCCAUGAGGAGACAAAAUAACAUGCCUUUCAGCACCUUUGACCGCGACAACGACAACAGUGAAUCGCAGUGUGCUGUUUAUCACAGGGGCGGUUUCUGGUUCAACGCCUGCUACGGAGCUGACCCGACUGGUAUAUAC